AACAAGACUCCGUACGCUUUGCCGCUGGACCCUGUUCACACUGUUCAGGUCUCCUCAACGCCAGUCACCCGCAUCUCCGACCCCGGUCUCGAUACCCUCCUCACACGAGUCAUAUCCAUGCAAGUCGUCGGUUGAUCGACCCCUCCUUCGACCUUCUGCCACUGGGUGAAUCACCCACACCACCACACUCCGAUAUUCCGAACUAGCCUUAUCUACCUCGACAGCUCCUUUCUGCGGAGUUUCUCUUCUCCUUCCACUAUGACCACUCCUCGCCAGACAAUCUCAGGCGAAAUGCCAGCUUUUAUGCCCGCUGCCCACGCGGCGCCGUCGUACACGACACGCUCUCGAUCACUGCCCAUCGCAAGCGCAUCACAAGGGCGACGAGGAUCUGCGAUUGCCAAUGCGAUGGGUUUGCGCAAGAAGAGCGAAAUUGAGAUCGUAUUGGAUGGUCCAGGCGAAUUCGUUCAUUCUUAUUCUACCUACGAUGAAAUCAAGGGUCGCGUGAACAUCAAGUUCGAUAAGGACACCGAUUUCGGCGAUCUCCACAUCUCCUUCGAGGGCCAAAGUCUAACCUAUGUCGAGAAAAUCGUCACUACAGCUCCUACCACUGGUCGAACGACAGGCAAACAUGUCUUUUUGAGGGUUCAGCAGCCAAUUGAAGCAGGGCUCCUACCAGAAGAUGACAUCUUCCGAGCAGGUGUCACUUACAGCAUUCCAUACACAUUCGUUGUCCCGGAUCGACUACUACCGUUCGUCUGCUCGCACAAAGUAGAGAACGAAGAGAUCAGGAAAGAACAUGUACAAUUACCUCCAAGUCUGGGCGACCCCAGCAUUGCGGGCGAUGGCCACACCCUCAUGGACGAUCUGGCUCCUGAAAUGGCCAAGAUCAGUUACAACAUCCGCGCUCGAGUCACCAAGUGGACCGCCGCUGGUAAGAUGUUAGAGUUGGCCGAAAAGUCAGAACGCAUCAGGAUUGUCCCUGCUCGCGACGAGGCCCCGCCUAUGAGAAUCGACGAGGAGGACUCCGACCACGUUCUGCGCAAAGAGAAGAGCGUGAGGAAAGGAUUGUUCAAAGUGGGCAAAACCGGCCGAUUGACAGCAGAGACGUCCCAGCCAAAGAGUCUACGCCUUCCGCACCCGCAGAAACGACAGACUGAACCAGUCACCACGAUGGCAACCAUCAACUUGCGCUUCGACCCACUGACAGCACAAGAUGUCCCUCCACAAUUGGACUCGAUCGUAAGCAAAUUGAGGGCGUACACUUAUUUCGGCGCCGCACCUUACAAAAUAGUGCCCGAGCCUCAAAAGCAGGACUGCUGGUCCGUCCUGCACGGCGUCUACCCCGAGACCAUCCAGCUUUCUUCACGCAAUCUGUCCACUGUGCCAUGGGUUCGACAUGACCCCUCGAGGGAGAGUUUCUCCUCGUCGGAUCUUUCUCGCCGACCUUCAAGCUACUCCACAUCUUCAGCGACAUCCAUUCCUGAGCCCUCAUGCCAGUAUCAACAGGGCAUGCCGUUCUACACUGCAUCUGUCGUCGUUCCCAUCGCCCUUCCGACUAAAGGCAAGGUCUUUGUGCCCACAUUCCACACCUGCAUCAUUUCACGGACGUACUCGGUGGAGUUGAACCUGUCAUUCCGUUCGCUCGGUGCAAAUGUCGCGAGCAGUCACGUCGUUCUCAAGACCCCAAUCCAGGUCUCUGCUGAAGGUGGAAUCCCGCCAGCUUCGAUCGAGGAGUCAGAUGCCGCUAUCGCCGCCGAGAUCGAGCACCAAUUUGGCCUGUAUGAAGCUCGUAUGGGCGAACAAGCAGAAUCUGGGUUUGGUGGCGAGAGUCCCGUCUACGAGGAAACGAGCCCGAACAUGCCAUUGCUUGGCAGUGGUACUAGGCAUAUGAGCCUCGCUCAGACCAUGCACGCUGGACAUGAUGCUGCAGCGCCACCGCCAGAGUACUACAGCGCCAGGGAUAGGCCGGGUGGACCUAGGACCCAAAGCUGAGGAUGAGGAUGAGAGGACUCCCUCGCCUCCUCGUGCCAGUACCAGUCGGCAAAGCCCGGCCGAAGUUUGAGAUGAAAGGCCUUUUCAUUCUACAAUCUAGUCAAAAGCUUUUUGUACGGCUGAGACUUACAUUUGCAUUUGUGCAUACAGGAAUUCUUCGUCCUCGG